UUCGCGGAGCUCGGCGGAGAGCUCGAGGCCGGCGGGGGUUCAUGGACAGUACCUGAGGCUCCGGCGGCGCAGCGUUCGGCUCCGGCUUUCCCUCGGACCUCCGCUGCCCGGGCAAAUGCAUACAAAUGCAUUUGGGAGCCGAGAGGACAAGGCGAGGACGCAUCUCUCCAGCGGCACCAACGAAGAUCCUCCUUCUUUGUAUCGCAAUAUGUACAGCUGCAGGUGCUGUGAAAGCACCCAAACAAGCAGUAGAUGUUCUUCAUCAGCUCGGCCUUGUGAGCGAAGUCCAGCAGCCGUCAGUGACGCCAGUGCCCUCAGCAGUGCCACUCUUGCCCCGGGGGGUUCGCCUGGCCGUGUCCGGAGUUGUGCUGACUGCUGACGCGUGUGUUGAGGCCUCCGUUGCUCAAGUUAUACCAGCAAGUCUAGGGCAUCACUUCACCAUACUGGUUGGGUUGUACUCUUACACUGUAAAUAAUGCUUUUCUUUUCAGUAUCAGGAACAAAACCAGACUGCUGUUUGGUGUCCAGUUGCUACCAAGAAAGGUAGCGGUGCACACUGGAGGGAAGCAGCCUGUAUACUUUGAUUAUAGUGUUCAUAAUGAACAGUGGCAUUGGUUUGCCAUUGAAAUUAGAUACAAGACUGUCUCAAUGUUUGCUGAGUGUGGACAGAAGUACUAUAUCAGGGAAAUGCUUUAUGAAGUGGAGGCAUUUGAUUUGGACGGUUUAUUUACCCUGGGAAGGAUGAACUCUCACUCUGUCAGCUUUGAAGGAGUUAUAUGCCAGCUAGAUAUCAUUCCCUCUGCAGAAGCCUCUGCAAACUAUUGUAAAUACAUGAAACAGCAGUGUCGCCAGGCUGAAACAUAUCGAUCUCUGCUAGGAACACCAUAUGCAUCAGGUGUGCUAGAUGUUUCUUUGAAGAAAAAGAUUGGUGAGAAAAAACAGUGGGAAGAUGUAUCUUAUAGAAGGAAGGAAGUAUCAAAUGGUCCUGUUACCGACAUUGCUCGGAUUCACUCCGUACUGGAGUACCUUGAGUCAAUAAAUGUCUCAACAUCGGAAUUUGCAGAGUCUAAACCCCUGCUGCUAGAAGUGUGGCCAGAAACAGAAGUCCAGGAGGAGGUCAGUCUGCUCCUUCACCAUCAGGAGCCAAGCAAAGAAAGAGGCGGCACUGGAAAAAACAAGGCUUCAUAUUCAAAUACUUCACAUACUACCACAGAAGAUGCAGACAGACAAAAUGAGCUUUCUCAGAUCUUCCCUGUAAAACAGAGUAAAAUGAAAAACAAGGGAGUGGACAAAGAAAAACAACAUUUAGAUGAACCAACCAAAAAGCAGCAGAUCUUCAACACAACUCUGUACAGUUUGACUGCUGACCUCUCUCUGGAUAAUCAGCUUAGUUUGGAGGAAGAAGGUCCAUUUGAUGCUAAUAAUACUUAUCGCACAGAAAACACUUAUUAUGUUGAUAACUACAACUAUGAAGACCAAGGCAAAAUAUUUGAAAUAGGAAGUAGCAGAGGCUUAAAGGGGGAGACUGGACCUCCUGUAAGUUACCUUUAUUACACUCUUUAUUAUAAUGAAGCAACGUAUGGUAUUCCAGGACCACAUGGUAAUCCAGGUUUGCCAGGAUUGCCAGGUCCAAAGGGCCCUAAAGGGGACCCAGGAUUUUCCCCAGGACAGGCAAAACGUGGAGAAAAGGGUGAUCCAGGCCCAAUAGGCUUUUCAGGACCACCAGGGAUCAAAGGCCAGAAGGGUCAUAAAGGUUUUAUGGGACUUCAAGGGCCACGGGGUGAGCAGGGAGUUCCAGGAAUGGCUGGCAAUGUUGGGGCAGUUGGUUACCCUGGCAGGCAGGGCUUAGCUGGACCAGAAGGUAACCCAGGCCCUAAAGGUGCAAGGGGUUUCAUUGGACCUCCAGGUGUGGCAGGACAAAGAGGAUCUGAAGGAGAAAGGGGCAUUCCAGGCUUCCGUGGAAAAAGAGGGCCUAAAGGGAGACAGGGUUUUCCUGGUGACUUUGGAGACAGAGGUCCCCCAGGGCCAGAUGGGAAUCCUGGAAUUGUUGGUGGUGUUGGUCCUCCUGGAUUUCCAGGACUAAGAGGAGACGUGGGGCCAGCAGGACUGAGCGGACCAUCAGGAAUUCCAGGGCCCAUGGGUCUUCCAGGGAAUAUGGGACAGCCUGGAAUGAAAGGUGAUAAGGGUGAGCAUGGCCUUGCAGGAGAUCCAGGAGAUCAGGGGUACCCUGGAGACAAGGGUGCUCCUGGUUCACCAGGACCUCGAGGAAUCAGGGGAAAACCAGGACCCCAAGGAAAAAUUGGAGAUCCUGGAUCCCAAGGACCACUGGGUCCCCCAGGUCCUGAGGGUUUUCCAGGAGAUAUUGGAGUACCUGGAUUAAAUGGCCCUGAAGGUCCCAAGGGAAUUCUGGGUGACCGGGGAUCUUCAGGGCCACAGGGACCCAAAGGAGUUGAGGGAGAAGUAGGACCAGCUGGACCAAUUGGCGUAGUCGGCCCAAGAGGAAAACCAGGACAGAAAGGUUAUGUGGGGGACCCUGGACUUGAAGGUUUAAAGGGAGAACAAGGAGACCAAGGAAACAUUGGAAAAACUGGUGAAGCAGGAUCAGCUGGCUUACCAGGAGAAACUGGGCCAUCUGGAAGCCUCGGUGAAAAGGGAGAGCGAGGCAGUCAAGGACCAAUAGGUCCUCCUGGAGAGAAAGGUGUGAUGGGUUACCUAGGACCUCCAGGAGGCCCUGGGCCGGUGGGGCCGGAAGGAUUACCUGGUCCUUCUGGGACAAGGGGACCACCAGGGCCACAGGGACCUAAGGGCAGAAGGGGGCCUAGAGGUAUAGAUGGUCCUCUUGGAGAGCCUGGUACACAAGGUAUUAAGGGAGAAAGAGGAGAUCCGGGAAGGAAAGGCACUCCUGGGCUCAUUGGUAAAGCAGGAAAUCCAGGUCAAAGAGGAGAUCAAGGAGCACUUGGUUUGCCUGGGCCUCCUGGAACCACAGGAGACAGAGGACCAAUGGGAGAGACAGGUCCAAGAGGACAACCAGGGGAUGCUGGUGCAAUUGGAGAUAUGGGCUUUGAGGGACCUCUUGGCCCUGAAGGAGAACCUGGACUGCAGGGAGAACCAGGCACAAAGGGAGACACUGGACCUGCUGGGAAGGCUGGAGAAGCUGGCGACCAAGGCUUAAGGGGUGAACCAGGACCUCCAGGAGAAGAUGGUGUUCAGGGAAGAGAUGGCCCAAAGGGAGAGCCUGGAGAACAGGGACUUCAUGGAGAAGCUGGUGAAAAAGGGGAGAUGGGAACACCAGGAAAUGCUGGACCCCCUGGUGAACCUGGCAUAAUGGGCAUUCCUGGUCCUGAAGGAAGACUGGGAAACCCAGGUCAGAGGGGCCGUCUGGGAAAGAAGGGGGAAAAAGGGCAGCUUGGCCCUCCUGGAGAAAUUGGUCCUGCUGGUGAUUCUGGUCAACCUGGAAAAACUGGUCCCAAAGGUGCAAGAGGAACUCGAGGCCCCUUGGGACAUCCCGGAGGAAUGGGACCUGGAGGAGAGCUAGGAAUUCCAGGUUAUGGGGGUCACCAAGGUCCUGCAGGGCCUUCAGGGCCCCCAGGACCCAAAGGAGAAAAGGGUUACCCAGGAGAAGACAGUACAGUACUUGGACCACCUGGGCCCAUAGGUGAACCAGGGCCCACUGGGGAACGUGGAGAGAGAGGAGAACCUGGUGAUGAAGGCUACAAGGGUCCCAUAGGUCUUCCAGGGCUUAGAGGACCAAUUGGACAACAGGGGCCUCCAGGAGAGCCAGGGGAACUGGGAGAGCAAGGACUGAAAGGAGAAAGAGGUUCAGAAGGGCCCACAGGGAAGAAAGGAGCAAUGGGUCAGGCGGGCAAACCUGGAAUUCUGGGAAAACCGGGACCAGCAGGGCAGAAAGGAGCAGUGGGCUACCCUGGACCAGAGGGCAUUCCUGGGAACCCUGGCAAGCCUGGGCUGUCAGGAAAACCUGGCCCUAAAGGUAAUAAAGGAAGCCCAGGCUUAGCAGGCCUGGCAGGUUAUCCUGGAGCUCGAGGUCCAAACGGAUUGCCAGGCAUGCCAGGGCGCAUGGGAGCAGCUGGGCUAAAGGGUGCAGAAGGACUUCAGGGUCAUCCAGGAAAACGAGGUAAAAGAGGCCCUCCAGGAUCACAAGGUGACCAGGGGCCAGCAGGAGAGUUUGGAGCCAAAGGACAGACUGGAGAAGAUGGAGAUCAAGGUUUGAUGGGGUUUCAAGGAUUCCCAGGUCCAAAAGGUCCUGCAGGAGACAUUGGCUUAGUUGGAAUUCUGGGCCCAAAAGGCCCAACAGGGCAAAUUGGAUAUAUUGGGCCUGUUGGUCAAGAAGGCAUUACGGGCCCAACUGGCAGGCCUGGACCGAGAGGUGAGAAGGGCACGAGGGGUGAAAUGGGACCCCAGGGACCUCAGGGCCAGACAGGGGCACCUGGGUCGCCUGGGCCACCAGGACCAAGAAAACUUGUGGACAUCAAUGCUGCUGUUCAGGCUUUGAUUGCAUCAAAUGCUGCAUUGCAGAUGGAGAGAUACCAGAAUACUGAAGUAACUUUACUGGAUCACAGUACAGAGAUAUACAAAACACUGCACUACCUUAGCAAUUUACUGCACAGCAUCAAGAACCCCCUUGGCACACGGGAUAACCCAGCACGCAUCUGCAGGGACUUGCUCAGCUGUGAGCGGAAAGUGUCCGAUGGAAAGUACUGGAUUGACCCCAACAUUGGCUGCCCUUCUGAUGCCAUUGAAGUUUUCUGCAACUUCACGGCAGGUGGUCAGACAUGUUUAACACCACCAUCUGUGACAAAGCUGGAGUUUGGCAUUGGAAAAGUGCAGAUGAACUUUCUUCAUUUACUGAGCUCAGAAGCAACCCACAGUAUCACAGUUCACUGUCUGAACACACCGAUGUGGGGAUUAAGUGAGGCAGGAGGUCAGAAGACAUCUGUUAGCUUCAAAGGUUGGAAUGGACAAGUGUUUAAAGCCAAUUCACUACUUGAACCGAAGGUGCUUGUGGAUGAAUGCAUGAUUCAGGAUGGCAGCUGGCACAAGACACAGUUCUUUUUUCACACUCAGGACACCAAUCAGCUUCCAGUUGUUCAAGUUCAUACACUUCCUCAUCUCAAACCAGGACAGCAGCACUUCAUAGAAAGUGGCCUGGUGUGCUUCCUUUGAGUUUUGUGUCCUGGUUCCUUUGCAUCAGUGCAGGACUGCUGCGGAGUGAGUGUGAGAGUAAUGAAUGAGGCAAAAUUGCUUUCAAACUGAAGAAUCAUUUUGAACGUAUUUGGUUAAAGAACCUCAGGAAGAAGGAGAAACGGCAUUUAAAAACAAAGAAAAGAAAGAAAAGACUACAACAAUUUUCCUUAAGUAUUUAAAUCUCUUUUUAAUACUGAUUGGUGCUUUCUUGCAUAAAUUCCUGGAACUGAAUAUCUGAGCAUGGAAUUUUUCAGGACCUCUGGUGUUCUUGACGAUCUGUAUGACAGCACAGCAAAGGAACACCCUGAGGAAAGCUGGAGACACACAAUACCACGGAGCAAUACUGGCUAAUGCUCCUAAAUGUGCAAUAGCUAUAUCUGAAAAGUGAACUAUGCCACAAUACCAGAAGUCGCCUUUUUCUCAGUUCUGUAGUAGUCCUUUGUGGACACACACAUCUUAACAGAUGACACACUACCUCUUACAUGUUCCCUGUCUGUGAUGCCUUGGUGCUCUUUGUAACACAAGGUGCUGGUGGCCUUAACAGAGAUUUUGUGAGUCCAUUUUUACCUUUCAGACUGUAUGUGCCGGUUACAUCAGGAUCUGUUUCUGUUAUCAAGGUACUUAUUUUAAAUCAUUGGCCACAUAUUUCACUACAACUAAAACAUUAUUUAUGUGGAUUUCUUGUUUAAAAUAUUUUUGCAUAGUGUUGUGGAAAUGGCAUAUGAGACAGCACGUUGUAUAUAAUGCAUAUAGUCAAAACACUUAGCUUUACAGCCAUUGUAAACAACAGCCCGUUGUAGAAGAGCUACCUACAGUAGUUUUCAGUUUUUUCAGUUAACUUUUUUUGAAUGAAAAGGCAUCUUAAGAUGAUAUAGUGUGUAUAUAUUUGUAACUCAUUAAAUCUCCUACAGCACGUCUUUUGAAAGGGGGCUGUUAUGUUAUAAUCAGCAUUUCAUCCACUUAGACAUGUCAUUUUUUUUUGGUAAUAUUAUUAGAUCAUUUCAGUUUCCUUAAAUUAAACCUAAAAUGUUCAACCAUCUUCUUUUGUUUAAAGAAACAAAAUAAAACAAUUUUACAAUUAAGGAAAACACGCUUUAUAAAGAUAUCCCUCAACAUCUUAUCAAUCAAAAACCUGCUGAGUAUUUCAUGAAGAUGGUGCCAAACCACACCGGGGAGCAGAGAAGCAUUCAAACAACUUGUUUAACUGUCUCAAUCCAUAGGAAAUCGUACUUAAAAUAUAAUAAAAUAAGAUUCCACACUACCACUUUGUCUUUAUUAUUCUGUUUCCUGUUGUAUAGUUCAUUCUCAGCAAUGAGGAAAGGUACUUUUCAGGUGGCCAUGCUUCAUUCACCAAGGGCAGACGAGCAGUUGUUGUGCCAUGGAGUAUUGCAAGAGUGACAGUAGUCAGUUCUACACAGUAAGGUAGAUACACGCCCUGUGUUUUCUGUUAAACCAUCGAGUUUAUUCCCUGUUGAAGAAAUCUGACAAAAGACAAAUGAAGAUUAUAGAAUGGUAUAAGCUCAGAGAAUGUUUCUUUCUCUGUUGUUUUUGCA